AUGAAUAAAAAAGGUUUGAGUCUUUCAUUUUUAGAAUAAUCUACUAAAGCUUCUUCAGUAGAAUUAGAGUAAACCUAAUAUUAAGAAAAUUCUCCAAUAUUAUCAUUUCUUGAAAAAUAAAAAAAGAGAAUAGUUUCUUACAUAUUAUUUAAAGUAGUCAAAAUUUAAGUUUAAGAAAAGCAUGCAUAUUAUAUGGUAAAUAUUUAAUUUGAGAUAAAAUUUUAGAUAGAAGUUAAUGAAUAUGGAACAAAGUGGAUUAUGAGGAUUCGUUUUAGUAUGCUUUAACAAUUCUAGAAAGGAUUAUGUAGAGACUUUAAAGUGAAAUUCACACUUUCUUCUCAUUUUGAAUUCAAUUAAUUAAGUUCUAGAAACCUUAAAAAAAGAGCAAUAAAAAUUCAAACUUUUUUGAAUUAAAUUGGAAAGUAAAUUAAUUAAAUAUAGUAUAGUAAUUUUGAGAUUCUAAAUUCUAAAUAUUGUUAACAAUUUUUAAAUAUGUAAAAAUGUUUAGGAAGUAUCUUAAUUGACUACACAAAAGAAUAUAAUCUCAUUUUAGAAGCUUGA